AUGUUAACAUCGGUAAUUACUGCGAAUACACCUCGUGAUGUUAAUUAUACCAAAACUGUUGGUGGUGAAGCUUUGGAUAGACCUAUGACUUAUUCUGAAAUUGGUGGUAUUAUUUUUGAUGGGUUUCUUGGUGGAAGUGAUACAACCGCAAAUGCGAUUUCAUUCAUUAUCUAUUAUAUUGCACGUAAUCCGGACGUGAAAAAGAAAAUGAUAGAAGAAAUUAAUAGGAUAUUUCAAGGUGAUAAAAUACGUCCAAUCACUGAAAAUGAUUUUCAAAAGUUAAAAUACUGUGAAGUAAUUGUGAAGGAAGUCUCUCGCAUUUUCCCAAGAUGUAUUGAAAAAUCUGAUGAAAUAACAGGAUAUCAAUGGCCAGCCGGUACAAUGUUUCGAAUCAAUGCUGAUGUUAUUCAUAAAAAUGAAGAUUGUUGUGAGGAUCCUGAUAAAUUUAACCCUGAUAGGUGGAUGGUUGAAGGUUUGGAGCCAAACAAGCAUUCAUUACUCAUGUUUGUCGGUGGAUUAAGAAUUUGCUCAGGAAGAAAGUUGGCAAUGAUUGAACUAAUUUGUUUGAUGGCUUUACAUAUUAUAUAG